CCGGUGAGCUCAACUCUGCUGCUGCACCACCUGAGGAUCUCCGUCCGCCUCGACCCUCCCGCCGUUCUUUAUUUCACUCAUGCGGGAAGAAGCGCCGCCAAACGACACAUUUUUCUUGCCCUCGGGCAUGAAUUAAUCCUCGAUCUGUUAGGAGGGGGAAAAAAUGUCGCUUCCCUGCGCGUAAAAUGCCGCGCUUUGUGCGUCCUGGCGCGGACGACUCCUUGGAAAAUGUGCGGUGUCAGUCGCGUUUGCUUCACGCCCCGCUGCUGUGGGUCGGUGCUGAGCAGGAGUGGCAUCUCGGCGACAAAAUCUGGAUGAAAGAGCGUCCUUUAGAGCUCAGGCAUGCAUCGAGUAGUGAGAUCAUUGGCGUUAUAAAUAUCCCCGUGCCAGCAGAACCGCUCCAGCUCCUGCAGCCGGGGUAAUGCCCAGGAGCGCUGCGCACCGGGACCUCGGGAGCGACACGAAAAUGCUCCAAGUGGCCUAGCGGGUGGAAAGAGUGUCCCUUUUUGGAAGAAUGAAUGUUCCUCUCUACGUUCUGACCUUCGCUCACUUGAUUCUCGCCGCCGCCGGAGCAGCAGCAGCAGCAGCAGCAGCGCGCGUCUCCUUGGAGCGCCAACUUCUGGAGGAGGGGAUCCGCUCCGGACGCAGGACUUGCAGGCUCUACUGUCGGGUCGGCAUCGGCUUCCACCUCCAGAUCCAUCCCGACGGCAGAGUGAAUGGCAGCCAUGAGCCCAACCAGCUGAGUGUCCUGGAGCUCUUUGCGGUUUCUCAGGGGGUCAUCGGCAUCAAAGGGGUCUACAGCAACAGAUUCCUGGCCAUGAAUAAAAGAGGACGGCUCCACGCCACCGAAUGGUUCACAGAAGACUGCAAGUUCAGGGAACGUUUCCAGGAGAACAGCUACAACACUUACGCCUCAGUAAUCCACAUGAACCACAGGACUGGUCGCGAGUGGUUCGUGGCCCUCAACAAAAGAGGGAAAGCCAAAAUGGGCUCCAGCCCACGGGUCAAAUCCCAGCAUGUCUCUACACAUUUCCUGCCCAGAGUCGGCCUCCAUGACAAGAGCGAGCGAGGCUUCACCAUCACGGACAGAAGCAAAGAGAGGAGGAAAACCCCGCCGCCACCGGCAGCCGCCAAAUCUACCCCAGCGAAGGCAAACGUCCACGCAGGAACAGUACCGAGACGGACGCAAGUCAAGUACUGGCCCAAGUACAGGUUUGGAUAGGCAUAAAAGUAAAGGACAACAAACUGACAGUGGUCGUUUACCACAUUUAAAUCAUUCCGGGUAUCUACGAAGAGAGUGAAAAACCUCAAAAGGCUGCCAGGUACAACUAUCAAGCUUUUCUUUCCUGAAGCUAUGACCGUAGUUGGGAGUUUCCAGUUGAGUUGUCGAGGUUCCGUCCUGUUUUUUGUUUUCACUUAUGUACAUGGUUUGUUAAAGCUGAAACCCAUAACCACCUGCAGGUUUAAGACAGUAAAGCUCCUUUCCGUUGCUGAUUUAACCAGAAAUGUCCCGAACCGAGCUCUAAAAAAAAAAUUGGAAUAAUGAUUUAUACCACAAAUUGAGUAUCGCAUUGGGUUUAGUCAAUGGACACGUGACUGAGGCUGUAAAUUAUACUAUAUUGGAUUCUGGCUUGUCUGAUACAUAUUAGCUCUGGUUGGAGAUCAUUAAGCAUCUCAUAAGUGUAUGUCAUGGUGCACGUUGCUAGCAAAAAACCCACGAUAAUCAUGGUCUUGCUCCCUAAAAAUAAAUGCUCUCAAUUAGACAAGACUAUCCGUUAUUUGCUCGUGGGUAAGGAACUAAAUUAUUCUGGACAAGAUACAUGAAAGGAUUUUUGUUUUUUGUAUGCUUUCUUUGCUAAAAUAUAAGUUUUUCUGCAGGUCUCUGACAGUAAAGCUCAUCUCCAAUUGCUAAUUUAGCACAUAAUGCCCAAUCCAAUCUCUAAAAAAUUGGGAUUUAUGAUUAAAUGGUACAACAAAUUGAGUAUCAAAUUGGUUUUAGUCGAUGGACACAUGAUUCAGGUUGCAAAUGUCACUCUUCUGCAUAUGCCAUUGUGAUUUAGAAACUGUUCUGUUUGAUUCUGACUGAUCUGAAACAUUAACUCUUGUCAGAGAUCACUAAGUGCCUCCUAAGUGUAUAUCAUGGUGCCCGUCACUAGCAAAACCUCCCACAAUGAUCACUGUCCUGCUUUCUAAACAUAAAUGCUCUUAAUCUGACAAUAAUAUCCAUUAUUUGGCCGGUAAGGGACUUAAUUACUAUGGACAAGAUAAAUAAAAAGGGGUUUGUCUUGUUUGUUUUCUUUGGUUAAAAAAAAUAAGUUGGUUAUCUUUAUUAGAUAAAAUUAAAUUUGUUCACCUUCCAGAUGUAAAGUUUACUUCUACUCUUCCUUGCCAAAUUGAAAUAAGUUCAGACAUAAUGUUUUUUGGGGGUUUUUGGCAUAAAAGUGCAUUUUGCUAUAAGCAGAAGGAAGCAAUCACGCCUUUGUAUCUGGGUUUACUUUUCCUCAACAUACAUAAUCAUAGCUAACACAGAACCAUUGCAUCAGUUCUGAGAAAUACAAGUAGAUUUCUUGUAGUUGUUGUGGAAGUUCAGUGAGGUCAAGAGAGGAUGAGGAGGCAGACUGAGUUACAAUGGAGACUCAGAUAACUUAGGUUGAGACUAAGGUUUACUGAUAUCAGGAGAAGUGACACUGACAGAGCAGCAGUACAUGCAAGCAAUGCCAGCCUCAGUUCUGAAGAUUCUCUCUGAUCUUCAGGUUUAUACUGUAGUUGGGAGAAGGUCAGAUUUUAGAUUAUAGACCAGUAUGGAGAAAACUCGUCUGCUUAGUCAUGUCAGAAUAUCCAUCCUUGACCUGAGCAGAGAAUCCUAGCAUAUUGUCCUCCUACAGCAUCUCGCUGUCUGGAGAUAAUAAAGGAUGAUAAUAGAGACUGAACAUUAUCUCCUGCAAGGAACACUUCAAAUUAUGGUGGAUGUCAGUCAUGAUAUGACUCUUUACUUUGUAAAUUGUCAGUUAUUUCAAAGUAACGUCAUGUGCAUCAUCUUAUUUAAAGACUUAUUGAUUAAUUUAAUGUCAUUAUAGAGCACAUUUUGGAAAGGGGCAAUUAAAAAGUUGAUUAAUCUUUUAAUUCUUGCCUAAAAUUCAGAAGGAGGUACAAAUUGUAACUGCAAAAUUCUAGUUUUAUUGUCAUCCAGAAAGGCAUUGCAGAUGCAGAUUACAAAAACAUGAUAUUAAAGCAAAAACAGGUCAUGGGUUUCAGCUUUAAACACUGAAAAAUCAUUAUUUCACCAAUAUGUAUGCUGUCUCUGUUGGUUAAAUCACAACCAGGGUGAUAAAUUUCACUGAGGAACAAUUGUUUAGCCUCAUUUGAGACAUAAAAACCUCUCUCUGUCUUGGAAAGUGAAUCAAACAUGCCUCCUGCCUAAACAUACACACCGACCAACUGUCCCUCUCCUAACACCAGAUUUGUGAUAAUCAACAAGAAAACGAGGGCUGCUUCUCUGGAGACUCCCUCCUCCUCCUCCUCCUCCUCCCGGACAGCUGUGAGGGAUCAAGGAGAAAACUGUCCGUCAAAACUAUCAUUUUAGCAACCGGCUGUCCCGAGUCACGACCUCGCGGCAUUCCAGCCAGGAGGAGCGCUCACCGCCGUCACCACGGGGAUAAAGAUGCCGAGAAAGAGGCUGUAGGUGUAUCAGAUGGCAAACAGCCGUGGAGUGGAGGCGCAAAGAGACAUCUCAGGGGGAAGCAGACGGGGUUUGGAUGUAAAGAACCCAGAAUGAGCAGUGUCAGAACCUGAAUUAUUAUUUAAUGCUGAUUUUAAUUUAACUGUUUGAGCUUUGAUGUACAUUUUGCAGAAGCAUUUCAAAGGAAACCUAUGUCAUGACUUUACCUUGGCGACAGCGCACUGUAAAAACCUGCAUAUUAACCUGUUGAAAAUGAUGCAAGCACACAUUUUAAACACAUAUUUACAUCGCAGUGGUCAAACCUGUGAUUUACGAGGGUUUUUAUGUUAGGAAUAUUGCAAAAUUGUCUCAUGUCUGUUCAAAAUAUUGUAGCAUAUUUUAAAUUACAACCGAUUUCAUGCAAAAGUGCAUCCUAAUUACUUUACAAAUGUUUUGGUUGGUGCAAGACCAUAAAAACAGGCAUUAUGAAGGAGUUCUACCACCCAAACUCACCAAGUUACUUUCUUUUCUAUUAAAAAUACUGCCCUUUUUCUAUCUGAUUGUGCAAAUAAUCUGUUCUCACUUGUUACAAGCAAAAUAGCCAGUGAGAUCAGAAAGAUACAGCCUAGCUGAGAGUCAGUAAUGCACAGAAUCAUUUUUGAAAAAGAGUUUUGGUGUCAAAUUUGGCAGUACCAGUCACUGUUGGCCAGGCUAUGCCUUAAAAACAAGUUAAGAUCUUGUUAUUAAGGCUGUGCACACCUUGAUUUGGUGAACAUACAUCCAUUAAAGCUGCAGAAUAACCAAAAUGAGCUAUAGUUAGAAUAGAAAACAAUCUGUCUGAUUGUGCAAAAAAUCCAUUUUCCUGUGUUACAAGCAGAACAGCCAAUGAGAUCAGGAAGAUGCGGGCUAACAGAGUUAGAAAUGCACAAAAUAAUGUAAAAAGUGAAGUUUCAGGUGUCAAAGUUGGCAGUACUAGUCAUUACUGGUCAGGUUAUGCCUUAAAAACAAGUUCAGAUCUUAGUUUUAAGCCUUUGCACACCUCGACUUGGUGCACAUCCAUCCAUUAAAGCUGUAGAAUAAUCAAAAUGUGUUAUAGUUAUAACAGAAAAUAUUCUGUUUGACUAUGCUAACAAUCAAUAAACCGGUGGGAACAGGCUAACCAAGAGUCAGUAAUGCACAAAAUCAUGUAAAAAGUACAGCUUGAGGAUAUACUACUGAUUAUUGGCCAGGUUUUGUCCUAAAAACGUGCCCAGAUCUCAGUUUUUAGCUUAACUUGUUGCAUAUACACCCAUUAGACCUGCAGAGAAUUGACAUUUGCUAUUGUUAUAAUAAAAAAUGUUAGAAAAUCUACAUCUUGAACCACUUUUAACUACAAUUGAUCAAAUAAACAGGUUGAAAAAGUCUUGUUGGUGAGAUUUAGAAGAUAAACAUCACAUCAAAACAUUUUAAUUGUAUUUAAGGUUAAUACACAGGUUUAGACAGUGGAAAAUCCAGUGUUUCUGCCUUUUUCCAGACAUACAAGUGUUCAGAAAGAGCAUGUAGCAAACUAAUGAAAUAUCCUUCACACUGUAUUUUAAUUUUUGCAGUUGACGCCUCUAUAUGCUGUAGAUUUCUCGAUGCCGUUUUAUGAUCUUCCAUGUUGCCAUCUGUGGUCCUCAUACACAUCCCAAAGAAAUAUUUUUUGUACCAGAUUUUGUUUUUCUUUUUUAUAAAAAAUUAUGUAUGACAAAAGAGUUUUUAUGUAAUGAGAAUAUUAGAAAAUAAAUAUAUCAGUGGGUA